AAUAGCUUAUAACUUCCACAGUUUAUAAUCUAAUAUCGUAAGUUUAAAGUAUUGGCUAAAAUGGUAGGCAUGUAUGUUUAUCUCAGAUAGUUUUCAGAUACAUGUCCAAAUCGCGAGAAAAACAAGCAAUCGGAUUAAUAUACUAAAGAGACCCGGUUAAGGGUCCGCCUCAAGACCCGGUUAAGGGCUCGUAACAAGACCCGGUUAAGGGUCCGUUACAAGUCCCGGUUAAGGGUUCGUUAAAAGACCCCGUUAAGUGUCCGUUACCAGACCCGGUUAAGGUUUAGUCUCAACGACAACAUUACGCUGCCCUCCCGAAGUUAACCCAGCAAGCGUUCAAAAUGAGCAAGAAGAAAGAAGACGAAAUAAUUCCCGCCAUGGGACCCGGAAGUAAGAUCAGCGCCCUGGCCGCCCCCUUGCGGCGUUUCAUGAUCCGUCAGGGAAAGCAAGUCAUCAUGAACUUCUCUACCGCGAGUAUGAAGAGUCUUCCCUUGGAAAUUUGGCAGAAUGAGGAAAUACAGCAGAACGCGAUCGAGCUCCGAGCAGAGAGCAACCGGUUAAAAAAGCUUCCGAAACAGGUUUCCGACCUGGAAGUGUUGGAAAUUCUGUCCGUUCAGAACAACGCCUUGUCUGCCCUGCCUGGGACGAUUUCAAAAAUGAAGAAACUGGUCACACUUCACGCUGAAAACAACAGCAUAAAAGCCAUACCCGGCACUAUCCACAAGUCUCCGGCUUUGAAAUAUCUACAUCUCUCAAACAACAAAAUCAAAGCGCUUCCAAAGACAAUCAAUAAGGCGACCACGUUAGAAAUUGUCGAUGUGUCACACAAUAUCAUAAGGUCCGUGAAAAAGAACAUUUACGAGUUGAAAGCGAAGCUGAUCCUAAACAACAACCGACUUGGCGAGUUACCGGACGCAUCCAUAAAGAAUUCUGCACUCCGGGUUUUAGACGUAUCGCACAACCAAAUCGCACACAUUCCUGACAACAUAAACAAUGUUGUGACCUUGACGUGGCUUGACCUUUCCAACAAUGACCUUGAGGACCUGCCGAGAGAGCUGGGACUUCUGAAGUACCUUCAUUAUCUGAAUAUUUCCCACAAUCAGAUAGCUUCGCUUCCCGAUGAGGUGACGACCCUGGAGUACGCGCUGACGUACCUACACGCGGGCCACAACAAAAUCAAGAACCUGCCUGAGGAUAUACAUAAACUCAGAAGGUUGCAAGUGUUGUCUGUCGGAAGUAACGAGAUAGAGAAGGUUCCAAACCAGUUUUACGAGCUCAAGGUCAUCAGGGAGCUGGAUCUAUCGGGGAACAAACUCGCGACGGCCGUCGGUAUGAGCAAACUGAAGACUGUGGAAUCACUGAGUCUCGCCAACAACGCUUUGACGGAACUUCCCGACGAUAUAUUUCACCUCAAAUCUCUUGUCACGCUUGACAUUUCCGGAAAUCAAAUAAAAACCCUGCCGGAUACCUUGAACAAAAUCAAAACGCUCAAAUCACUGAAUGCAGCAGACAAUCGUCUGAGCGCAAUCCCGGAGAUGCUUGGGGAGGACCAGUUGCUGACGUCACUUAAUGUUAGCGCCAACAGAAUCCAGGGGCUUCCCCAAGAUAUGAAACGCUUGAGAAGCUUGGAAAGCCUAAAAAUAGCCGGAAAUCAGAUAUCAGCUUUACCAAAGUCUCUUGAUUCCCUUCGCUUCCUUUUGGAACUGGAUGUGUCCAAGAAUUCCCUUACAGACUUUAUUAUACCAAAGACUCUUACAUCUAUAAGCAUUGCUGGAAAUCCGCUUUUCCUGCCUUCACAGGACCCAAAAUCAGUUAUUGCCAUUCUUGGCGAAAGAGACUACGCGUCGAGAAUGGUUUUCCUUGAUGCUUCAAGUCUGAAACUAGAUGAGGUUCCAAUUAGCUUCUGUCACAUGAAAAUGUUAAAGACUCUAAAAUUGGCGCAUAAUUUGCUUAAGGAGGUUCCGGAGGAGCUCACGAAGCUUCGAGCCCUAGAAGAGCUGGACGUAAGUGACAAUGAUAUUGGGGCUCUUCCGGACAGUAUCAGAAACAUGCAGAAUCUAAGAGUCCUGGACAUCUCCCAGAACAGACUAAGUGAGUUCGGCGAAGGUUUGACCCAGUUACACCAGUUGGAAAGGUUGAACAUAAGUUUUAACAACUUAGUGGAACUCCCGGAACACUUUGGUGAGCUGCAUAAGCUCAUCUGGUUUGACAUUUCAAACAACGAGUUGAUGAAACUUCCGGAAGAUCGCUGGGACAUUUUUGCGUCCAUGUUGGAGCUGAACAUCACCAAGAAUCAUGUUAAUGAAGUACCAAUGGACCUUCCAUACUUGUAUAGGAUCAAAGUCCUUCGCGCACAGAGCAACGACCUGACAGCCAUUCCAAGUGAUAUUGUCAAAAUGACCGGAUUAGAAACGCUAGAUUUAAAGGACAAUCUACUGGAAACGCUUCCGGAAUCCAUUUGCAAACUCCCCGCUCUGAAAGAACUGGAUGUGUCUGAUAACAAGUUGAAAUCAUUCCCGAACAAGCUAGAGCAGUUGAAACAACGAUGCACGAUUGUCACCGAGGGUCAAUCUUCUUACAAGCAGCGGGACCCGCCAGAUUUCCUCAAAUCCGGCGAAGCACAAACAACCAAACCGGAAGAAAAGAAGGAAGAAUAGACUGGUUUAUAUUGUGUGUUGGAAAUAAGAAAUAAUAGACUGGUUCUUUGAUCGUUAAAAUACAAAGGUGUGAUCAUUUAAUUAAAAAUGUACCAUAUGUAUGUUCUUCAUUUCGGACCAUUCCAAAAAAGAUAAAUCUAGCACUUUAUAUGCGUAUCCGUGCUUGCAUAUCAAACAAACGCUACAUUUCGGUUUGUGGAUGGUUUACGAAGAUUUGUGAAUUGUAUUUUAAUGUUUUAUCAACGUCUCUGUAGUGGGUGUAGAACUAUUUAUGUUACCGUUGAUGUCAAUAUACACGUAUGUUUCUUUUACUGUACAAGUAAACGAGCUUGAUGUGUGCAAUAUACAUGUAUGAUUUAUCUAGAAUAGAACAAUCAGUUAGAUACCCAGGGUGCACACAUUCCAAUCAUUACUGUUCACAUGUAUACAUACAUCUAAUAAACUGUUUUUGUCAAUGUUGCAUUUCAAACAAUAGUAUCGAAUUACGAAUAUGAUUUAAAAAAAAAUAGAGUACAUUAUUUAAUUUCUGAAUAAAAUAAACGCAAUAAAACGCAUAAAUUUUGUAUUUUUAUUAGAUAUUUAAGAUUUUAAGGUCGUCUGUUGUUGUUUUUAAAGAAAACGGUGGAUGUGUUGUCAUAGUAAUGGUGUCGUUGUCGUCGGUGUUGUCGGCGUCUAGCAAACCUUUAACCCGGGGGCCAUUAUUACAAAACAACGUUCAGGAUAUAUUAAUGAAACUGGGUAUACAUGUUGUAUGUAACAAUAUGUACUUGAUUGAGACAAUACCCACACAAACGGCAAGGCUUAUAACCUGCCUAAACAAGUGUCUAGGCAUGCUUCGAGCGGGGGUGUUUGCUCCGUCGAGCUAAACUAAUUGUUACAUGUCGACACUGUGCUACUUACGAUUUUUACAUGUAAAAGUCUUAAGUUAAUGGUCAAUCCUGAAUAGCCAGCGGACUGGUUAAGCAUGAGCGACCCGUGCUCUUUGAAAGCACGGUUAGUGAUUAAGACCCCUUUUGAAAUUGUUUACAAGGUCAUGCAUAUUAUGUUCAAUGUACUGCCUUCUAUGUUUAUGAAAAUGUGCGCAACUAAACAAUAGCCUGUAGUUCUGUUAAGGAUACAUGUUGAAAUUUAGAACUCCUCAGUCUGUUAUUAUUCAUUGUGCUCCGUAAUUAUGUGUCUUUAUAUCUUUACACUUUUGCAAAAAUCUUU